AUGGGUGUUGGUCAAUUCUUUGCGGACAAUUUCGUUCCUCGUGUCCCUCCAAAGCCAGUAUCACAUGUGCAUGAACAUCACCAGCCCGGUGAAAAAAACGCCGACGAGUCGAUUUCGAUCUCGCUGGAGUCCACAGCCGACGGCUCAAAUAGAUUACAUCGUAAGUUGCGUGGGCGCCAUGUUCAGUUGCUAGGAAUCGGAGCCACCAUUGGAUCUGCUCUCUUUGUGUCCAUUGGACUCGGUUUGGCGAACGGAGGACCGCUCAGUUUGCUUUUGGCAUUCAUCAUCUGGUCGUUUCCGAUUCUCUUCAUUACCAUAUCUGUCGCUGAAAUGGUUACUUACUUGCCGAUUACUUCUCCCUUCGUGAGAAUGGCUGGAAGGUGCUGUGACCUGGCUCUCGAGGUGGCCACCGCAUGGAACUUUUGGUUUUUGUGCUCGGCGCAGAUUCCGUUCGAGGUCAUUACCGUUAAUAGUAUCAUUCAUUUCUGGCGCGAUGACUAUUCGGCUGCUAUUCCCUUGGCAGUACAGGUGGUCAUCUAUUUCGUGAUCGCAGUCUUUGGCGUGGGAUUGUACGGAGAAGUAGAGUUUUGGCUUAGUUUGGGAAAGGUCGUCAUGGCUGUGGGUCUUUUGUUCUUCACCUUCAUCACCAUGGUCGGUGGAAACCCUCAACACCAUGCGUUCGGCUUCACCUACUGGAAAAACCCGGGCGCUAUGAAUGUAUUGUACCACACUGGCGCACUUGGUCGCUUCCAGGGUUUUUUGGCGUGUUUGAUUCGUGCUACUUUCAUGUUCCUGGGUCCCGAGUACGUCUCGUUGGUUGCCAGUGAGACCAUCAACCCUAGAAAGACUUUGCCUUCCGCGUACAAGCAGGUGUUCAUCAGAUUGACUGUCUUUUUUAUUGGUGGUGCUCUUUGUGUGGGCAUUCUUGUUCCUUAUAACAACCCUACCUUGCAAGCGACCUUGGGAGUCACCAAGCCUGGCGCCGCUGGUUCCCCCUACGUCAUUGCAAUGCAGAAUCUAGGAAUCAAGGUGUUGCCCGAUAUCAUGAACAUUCUCCUUAUUACAUCGGCGUUUUCUGCUGGAAAUUCGUAUACCUAUUGUUCUUCUAGAACCUUGUACGGUUUCGCUCUUGAUGGAUAUGCUCCGCGUUUCUUGACGGCCACAACCAAAACUGGUGUUCCAAUCUACUGUGUGAUGUUUGCCUUGGCAUGGGCGCUCAUCUCGUUCCUUCAGCUCAACAAGGGCUCUGCUACAGUGCUCAAUUGGAUCAUUAACUUGAUUACUUCGUGCCAGCUCAUCAACUUCCUGAUCAUGUCGUUCACUUAUGUAUUUUUCUUCCGUGCUAUGAAAGCGCAGGGCAUUGACCGUAAAACGCUUCCUUUUGUUGGAUGGUGUCAACCAUGGCUUGCCAUUAUUGGAGGCACUCUGACCUUUGUGAUGCUUUUCGUGGGCACCUAUACCAUUUUCUUGCCAGGAAAGCCAUUUGACUACCAGUCAUUUUUAUUUUCGUAUUUGAUGAUCUUCAUUGAUAUCGCAAUUUUUGUGAUUUACAAACUAGUGGCACGCACAAAGUGGGUCAAACCCGAAAACGCCGAUCUUGUCACUGGCUUGAAGGAAGUCGAAGAGCAUGAAGAACUAUUCUACGAAAAGAUGCGCGAGGAGGGCAAAAUGGACGCUAACGGCAAGAUCCAUAGAACUUGGCUACAGAAGGUGUGUACAGUUUUGUUUGGAAGUGAAAUGAAAUAA